AUGAGCAGUCUUGAAGCCUUCACCUGUCCUGUGGUCGUUGCCGAUUCCAGGCAAAGGCUGGCCCCCGAGAAGAAGGGGUCCCAUUCGGGUGAACUGAAGAGUUUUUACAGAGUGGAACUGGGGAAGCAUUUUGUUGAUACGAAGGCACCAAGUGCUCAGCCCCACCAUUACUUCAAGGUUUCGAAGAUCCAGGAAGCCCAAAAGAGGAUUAGUCUAAUUGAAAGAGAAAACAAGAGCAUCUCAACACGUCUGGCUGAUAUUUAUCGUGGGUCAGGCAUGGUAGACUGCUGGAACCACUAUGUAAAGAAGAGUCCACUCCGACAGCAGCAGAACCGGGAGCUUGUGAGGAUAACCGUGGAGAACCAGGGCAUCCUGAAGAGGAUCAGAGAUCGUAAGCCGACCUAUGACAGGAAGCAAUCCGAGAUAGACUGGCAGAAUUCAAGAAAAUACCUUAGGAAUAGCACCCGCUUUCUACUCUCGGCCAGCGAUUAG